AUGAGGGGCCGGCGGGGCAGGCCGCCCAAGCAGCCCGCGGCGCCCGCCGCCGAGCGCUGCGCCCCGGCCCCGCCGCCGCCGCCGCCGCCGCCGCCCGCGUCGGGGCCCAUCGGGGGGCUGCGCUCGCGCCACCGCGGCAGCAGCCGGGGCAGGUGGGCCGCCGCCCAGGCGGAGCUGGCGCCCCGGACGCGCCUCAGCUCGCCCCGGGGGGGCGGCAGCAGCCGGAGGAAGCCGCCGCCGCCGCCGGUCGCCCCCCACGGCAGCGGCGGCGGCGGCGGCGGCGGCGGCGGUAGCGGCGGCGGCGGCGGCGGCAGCGGCGGCGGCGGCGGCGGCGGCGGCCCGGGCCGGGGGGGCCGAGGAGGCGGGGGCGGCAGGGCGGGGGGCGGGGGCGGCCACCUGGCCCGGACCACCGCGGCCCGGAGGAGCGUCAACAAAGUGGUGUACGAUGACCACGAGAGCGAGGAGGAGGAGGAGGAGGAGGACAUGGUCUCGGAGGAGGAGGAGGAGGAGGAGGAGGACGGCGAGGCCGAGGAGACCCAGGAUUCCGAGGACGACGAGGAAGACGAGAUGGACGAGGACGACGAGGACUCCGACUACCCGGAGGAGAUGGAAGACGACGACGACGACGCCAGCUACUGCACGGAGAGCAGCUUCAGGAGCCAUAGCACCUACAGCAGCACGCCAGGUAGGCGAAAACCAAGAGUCCAUCGGCCUCGAUCUCCAAUAUUGGAAGAGAAGGACAUCCCGCCUCUUGAAUUCCCCAAGUCCUCAGAGGAUCUAAUGGUGCCUAACGAGCAUAUAAUGAAUGUCAUUGCCAUCUAUGAGGUACUGCGGAACUUUGGCACUGUCCUGCGGUUGUCGCCUUUCCGCUUUGAGGACUUCUGUGCGGCCCUGGUGAGCCAGGAGCAGUGCACCCUCAUGGCGGAGAUGCACGUCGUCCUUUUGAAAGCGGUCCUGCGGGAAGAGGACACCUCCAACACCACCUUCGGGCCCGCUGACCUGAAGGACAGUGUGAACUCCACGCUCUAUUUCAUCGACGGGAUGACGUGGCCGGAGGUGCUGCGGGUGUACUGCGAGAGCGACCGGGAGUACCACCACGUUCUUCCUUUCCAAGAGGCAGAGGACUACCCGUACGGACCCGUGGAGAACAAGAUCAAAGUCCUGCAGUUCUUGGUCGAUCAGUUUCUCACCACCAAUAUAGCCCGCGAGGAACUGAUGUCGGAAGGGGUGAUUCAGUACGACGACCAUUGUCGGGUCUGUCACAAACUUGGGGACCUGCUUUGCUGUGAGACGUGUUCGGCCGUCUACCAUUUGGAGUGUGUGAAGCCGCCUCUGGAGGAGGUGCCCGAGGAUGAAUGGCAGUGUGAGGUCUGUGUCGCACACAAGGUGCCUGGUGUGACUGACUGUGUUGCUGAAAUCCAAAAAAACAAACCAUAUAUUCGACACGAACCUAUCGGCUACGACAGAAGUCGGAGGAAAUACUGGUUCUUAAACCGAAGACUCAUAAUAGAAGAAGACACUGAAAAUGAAAAUGAAAAGAAAAUUUGGUAUUACAGCACAAAGAUCCAGCUUGCGGAAUUAAUUGACUGUCUAGACAAAGAUUACUGGGAAUCAGAACUCUGCAAAAUUUUGGAAGAGAUGCGUGAAGAAAUUCAUCGGCACAUGGACAUAACUGAGGACCUGACCAAUAAGGCCCGGGGCAGUAACAAAUCCUUUCUGGCAGCAGCUAAUGAAGAAAUUUUGGACUCCAUUAGAGCCAAAAAGGGAGAGAUUGAUAUUGUCAAGAGCCCGGAAGAAACGGAAAAGGACAAGAGUGAGGCUGAGAGCAACUCCAGAGAUGCUGAGAAAAGCAGGGAGGAGUAUGAAGACCAUUCCCUGGAGAAAGACAGUGACGACAGACCACCUGCUGACGAUUCCGAGCAAGGAAAAUCUGAGGAGCCCACAGAAGUUGGGGAUAAAGGUAACUCUGUGGCAGCAAAUCUUGGCGACACCACAACCAAUGCUUCUUCCGAAGAGACUAGUCCCUCCGAAGGGAGGAGUCCCGUGGGGUGUCACUCAGAACCCCCUGAUAGCAGCAACAUGGCAAAGAAGAAGGUGGCAUCCGAGCUCCCCCAGGAUGUGCCAGAAGAACCUAACAAGACAUGUGACAGCAGUAACACUAGUGCUACCACUGCCUCCAUCCAGCCUAAUCUGGAAAACAGUAGCAGCAGCAGUGAACUCAAUCCCUCCCAGAGUGACUCUGCUAAGGCAGCUGACGAUCCUGACCAUGGAGAAAGAGAACCCCAUACACCUGUCUCUAGUCCAGAAGAGAUAGGUGAUUACAAAUUAGAGAAGUCUAAUGGGGAAAUCAGUGAGUCUCCUGGAUCUGGAAGAGGAGCAGCUGGUUCGACUCGCAUCAUCACCAGAUUACGGAACCCAGACAGCAAACUGAGUCAGAUGAAGAGCCAGCAGGUGGCGGCUGCAGCCCAUGAAGCUAAUAAAUUAUUUAAGGAAGGCAAAGAGGUACUGGUAGUUAACUCUCAAGGAGAAAUUUCACGAUUGAGCACCAAAAAGGAAGUGGUCAUGAAAGGAAAUAUCAAUAACUAUUUUAAGUUGGGCCAAGAAGGGAAGUACCGUGUCUACCACAAUCAGUAUUCCACCAACUCGUUUGCUUUGAAUAAGCACCAACACCGAGAAGAUCACGAUAAGAGAAGGCAUCUUGCGCAUAAAUUCUGCCUGACACCAGCAGGAGAGUUCAAGUGGAAUGGCUCCGUGCAUGGCUCCAAAGUUCUUACCAUAUCUACCUUGAGGCUGACCAUCACCCAGCUGGAAAGCAAUAUUCCUUCCUCCUUUCUUCAUCCCAAUUGGGCUUCUCACAGGGCAAACUGGAUUAAGGCAGUUCAGAUGUGUAGCAAGCCCCGAGAAUUUGCAUUGGCUUUAGCUAUUUUGGAAUGUGCCGUUAAGCCAGUUGUGAUGCUACCAAUAUGGCGGGAAUCUUUAGGGCACACCAGGUUACAUAGGAUGACAUCGAUUGAAAGAGAAGAAAAGGAGAAAGUGAAAAAAAAGGAGAAAAAGCAAGAAGAAGAAGAAACAAUGCAGCAGGCUACCUGGGUGAAAUACACAUUUCCCGUUAAACAUCAGGUUUGGAAGCAGAAAGGAGAGGAGUACAGAGUAACAGGCUAUGGUGGCUGGAGCUGGAUUAGUAAAACUCAUGUUUAUAGGUUUGUUCCUAAAUUGCCAGGCAAUACUAAUGUGAAUUACAGAAAAUCAAUAGAAGGAACCGUAAAUAAUAUGGAUGAAAAUAUGGAUGAAUCAGAUAGAAGAAAAAGUCCACAAAGUCCAAAAAAAAUAAAAACAGAGCCUGAUUCUGAGAAAGGCGAGGUCAACGACCCUGAUUCUACAAAAGGAACAGACCAAAGUGAGAUGGAGAUUUCAAGGGUAACUGAGAAGAAGGACCAAGAUGUAAAAGAAGUUAUUGAUUCUGACAACGAUAAAUCCUUCAAAGAAGAACCAAUGGAAAUAGAUGAUGUGAAAACAGAAUCACAUAUAAAUUGUCAGGAAGGGUCUCAAGUAGAUGUGGUAAAUGUUAGCGAGGGUUUCCAUCUAAGGACUAGUUAUAAAAAGAAAAUUAAAUCCUCCAAGCUAGAUGGACUCCUUGAAAGGAGAAUUAAACAGUUUACACUGGAAGAAAAACAGCGCCUUGAAAAAAUGAAGAUGGAAGGUGGGUGUAAGGGAACAGGAAAGACCUCUCCAUGUUCUUUGAAAAGUCUUUCUGAGACCUCAGGGACAGCAAAAGGAAAGGAAGCCUGUCAGGGUGACCGGCAGGAAACAGGCCCUGAUGCUGGGGUCGAGAAAUCGGAAGACUUGGCUCAGGCCUGCUCCCAGAAGGAUUCCUUGAUUCUGGGAGACAGUGAUCCUGAUCAUGCCACGAAUAAACAUCAUCCAAGAGAUCAAACAGAUGAUGGCUCCAUUCAGAGUCCAGAAACACAGUGUCAGAAAGAGAAUUCUGUUGGCAAUGACCGAGUUGAAAGCCUCUCAGGAACUGCCAGCACCGGCCAGGAGUCCAUCAGGACGGACACAAAGGCAAGUGGUUUUCUCAGUGACGGCUCGAGACCAGCCGGCACCAGUGAGGCUGGUGCUUUGAUCCACCAGAACAAGGAGGCAUGCCCGCAGGAGGACAGCGAUGCCAUGCUCUCUCCUUCCCAGAGUCCCUCGCGCCCCUCAGGACCCAAAAGUACCGAUGACAGAAAUGUCCCACCACUGUCCAAGGCCACCGACCCGGGCGACUCCGAAUAUAACAGCGCUUUGGAAAACAGCUCCGAUACUCUGUCCGUCCAGGACAGCAGUGAAGAGGACAUGGUCAUUCAGAACAGCAGCGAGAACCUCCCGGAGCAGGUGACUGAGGACACAAUGCAUGAGACCUUUCCAGAUAAGUCCCCGGGAAACUGUGCCGACAGGAUGCAGGACAAGGUGACAGAAGCAAACGGCCAGAAACGGACCUCAGAACCGAAGUUAGAGGAGAAACCGGUCAAUAAAUGUAUCGAUCAAAUCAAUCUGAAAGGUCUCACUGACAAAAAGAGCCAUGAAACUCAGGAGUCUGAAAGGAGAGGCCAGCGAGGGGCGUCCUUACAAAUCAACGGCAGAGACAAUAAACCCAAAGUGUUUCUGAAAGGGACCCCCGAGAGUAAAGAAGGAAGUUGCGAUAUCGAGCCCAAGAUUAAUAACAUAAAUAAAAGUUUUUCUGAAAAUGACAUCAAGCCUUUGACAGUUCGUGAUGCCGCCGUGAAGCCCUUCAUGAAUGGUGACGUGGUCAUGGAGGAGCUUCAUGAAAAAAACAACGUAGAAACAAAAUCUUGUUUGCGGAGACCCUCGGGUGCUGACGGGGAUGCCCCGGGGAGCCUAGAGCCCCGGGCGGCAGCUGAUGCUAGUGGGGGUGUGCACCCAGCCACUCCCCCGCCACCGUGUCCAGAAGGCAGUGCCACCAGUCAAGUGGAGGACAUGGAAGUGGAAACCUCAGAAACGAAGAAAAGCAGCCCGUCACCCGUUCCUUCCGGUGAGGAGUCGAACAUCAGCAGUGACUUUGUGGAUGAGAACGGGCUGCUUGCCGGGAAGGGUGAGAGCAUCAAUGGUGAGCCCCGGAGGAAAACCGUCAUUACGGAGGUCACCACCCUGACCUCCACGGUGGCCACGGAAUCCAAAACCGUCAUCAAGGUGGCAAAGGGCGACAAGCAGACUGUGGUCUCGUCCACGGAAAAUUGUGCCAAAUCCACAGUCACCACCACCACGACCACGGUCACCAAGCUGUCCACGCCUUCAACGGACAGCAGCGUGGACAUCAUCUCCGUGAAGGAGCAGAGCCGGACGGUGGUCACCACCACUCUCACAGACUCCCUGACCACAGCCGGGGGCACGCUCAUCACAUCCAUGACCGUGAGCAAAGAGUACUCCACACGUGACAAAGUGAAGCUCAUGAAGUUCUCGCGGCCCAAGAAGACGCGUUCAGGUACCGCUCUGCCAUCCUAUAGAAAGUUUGUCACCAAGAGCAGCAAGAAGAGCAUAUUUGUGUUGCCUAACGAUGACUUGAAAAAGUUGGCCAGAAAAGGAGGAAUCCGAGAAGUCCCUUAUUUUAAUUAUAAUGCCAAACCUGCCUUGGAUAUAUGGCCGUAUCCUUCUCCUAGACCCACCUUUGGGAUCACCUGGAGGUACAGGCUGCAGACGGUGAAGUCUUUAGCAGGCGUGAGCCUCAUGCUGCGGCUGCUGUGGGCGAGUCUGCGUUGGGACGACAUGGCCGCCAAAGCCCCCCCGGGAGGGGGUACCACGCGGACAGAAACAUCUGAAACUGAAAUCACAACAACCGAAAUCAUUAAGAGGCGAGACGUUGGUCCUUACGGCAUUCGGUCAGAGUACUGCAUCAGGAAAAUCAUUUGCCCCAUUGGAGUUCCAGAAGCACCGAAAGAAACACCCACGCCUCAGAGGAAAGGCCUCCGAUCCAGCGCCUUGCGGCCUAAGAGACCUGAGACACCCAAGCAGAGUGGCCCAGUGAUCAUCGAGACCUGGGUAGCCGAGGAGGAGCUGGAGCUGUGGGAGAUCAGGGCCUUCGCUGAGAGAGUGGAGAAAGAGAAGGCUCAGGCGGUGGAGCAGCAGGCUAAGAAACGACUGGAACAACAAAAACCAACCGUCAUUGCGGCUUCCACGUCUUCCCCGACCAACAGUACAACGAGCACCAUCUCUCCCGCACAGAAGGUCAUGGUUGCCCCCAUCAGCGGCUCAGUCACCCCCGGAACCAAGAUGGUGCUGACGACCAAGGUCGGGUCCCCCGCCACGGUCACAUUCCAGCAGAACAAGAACUUCCACCAGACCUUUGCUACGUGGGUCAAGCAAGGCCAGUCCAACUCAGGUGUUGUUCAAGUGCAGCAGAAAGUCCUGGGCAUCAUUCCGUCAAGCACUAGCUCCAGUCAGCAGACCUUCACGUCAUUCCAGCCCAGGGCGGCCACAGUCACCAUCAGGCCCAACACCUCAGGCGCUGCGGGAACCACGAGCACCUCCCAAGUGAUCACAGGGCCCCAGAUCCGGCCUGGUAUGACGGUGAUUAGAACACCGCUCCAGCAGUCACCGCUCGGGAAGACGAUUAUCCGAACACCUGUGAUGGUACCACCAGGUACACCACAGCAGGUGGUGACUCAGAUCAUCCGAGGGCAGCCCGUCUCCACAGCCAUCUCUGCCCCCAAUGCAGUGUCUUCAAGCCCAGGGCAGAAAGGAUUGACACCAGGAGCAGCCCCCGGAAGUCUCCCGCCGUCAGCCUCUCCGGCCCCCCGCCCACAGCAGGGACAAGUGAAGCUCACCAUGGCCCAGCUCACGCAGCUGACACAGGGACACGGUGGCAAUCAAGGUUUGACAGUAGUAAUUCAAGGACAAGGUCAAACUACUGGACAGUUGCAGUUGAUACCUCAAGGUGUGACUAUCCUCCCGGGCCCAGGACAGCAGCUGAUGCAGGCUGCGAUGCCCAACGGUACUGUGCAGCGAUUCCUCUUUACCCCGUUGGCGUCGACAGCCACGACAGCCAGCACCACCAGCACCACAGUUUCCACCACUGCAGCAGGUACAGGUGAACAGAGACAGAGUAAAUUAGCACCCCCGACACAGGAGCAGCCCGUGAAAGCGCAGUCGCCAGGCGGGAGCCCCCCAGACGCCCAGUCGCCACCUGCUCAGCCUUCAGCGCAGCCCCCGCCCCCAGGCCCACCCCAGUCCCCAGCCCCACCUGAAGCUCAGACUCUUCCUGAAGGCCCAGCCCCGGCAACUGUGGCCUCCCAGGUUCCUUCCGAAGCCCAGACCACCCAUGCGCAGUCCUCCAAACCCCAGGGCGCAGUGCAGUGUCCGCCCGCAAGUAAUGCCCAAGGACAGUCGCCUGCUCGCGUCCAGAGCCCGACACAGACUCGAGUCCGUCCGUCCACGCCGUCCCAGGUGUCUCCUGGCCAGCCACCCCAGGGUCAGACCUCAGCCUCACAACCGAUUCCAAUUCAGCCACAUGCAUCUCUGCACGCACCUGCCCAGAGCCAGCCACAGUCUCAGCCCCAGGUACAGUCUCCAACUCAAACUCUUUCUUCCGGACAAACGUUGACUCCAGUCACGGGCUCCUCCCCGUCCCGGCCUCAGCUCCCAACGCAGCAGCCGCAGCCCCAAGUCGUUGCUGUGCCUCCGCUGGGCCAACAAGUCCAGGUUCUCUCCCCGAUGCAGCCGCAGGUCGUGGCGCAGAUGCAGGCCCAGCAAGGUGCGGUGGCCCAGCAGCUCAGACUCCAGUUGCCCAUUCACGUUCAGCAGAGCAGUCCUGUGCAGGCGCACCAGAUUCAGAAUGUGGUUACAGUGCAGGCAGCCAGUGUUCAAGAGCAGUUGCAAAGGGUUCAGCAACUCAGGGAUCAGCAGCAAAAGAAGAAGCAGCAACAGAUAGAAAUUAAGCGGGAACACACCCUCCAAGCUUCUAAUCAAAGCGAAAUCAUUCAGAAACAGGUGGUGAUGAAGCAUAACGCUGUCAUCGAGCAUUUAAAGCAGAAGAAAACCCUGACUCCGGCAGAAAGAGAAGAGAAUCAAAGAAUGAUUGUCUGUAACCAGGUGAUGAAGUAUAUUUUGGAUAAAAUAGACAAAGAAGAGAAACAGGCGGCCAAGAAACGGAAGCGCGAGGAGAGCGUGGAGCAGAAGCGGAGCAAGCAGAACGCCAGCAAGCUCUCAGCGCUGCUCUUCAAGCACAAGGAGCAGUUGCGCGCCGAGAUCCUGAAGAAGCGAGCGCUGCUGGACAAAGAGCUGCAGGUCCACGCACAGGAAGAGCUCAAGAGAGACCUGAAAAUCAAGAGAGAAAAGGAGAUGGUGCAGGCCACUGCUGUGGCGGCCACCUCCCCCGCGGCGCCACCCGCGCCCCCAGCUCCGCCACCCUCACCCCCGCCGCCUCCCCCACCGCAGCACGCGGGCCCCCUGGCCACGGCCUCACUGCCCACUGCUUCCCAGAAGAGGAAGCGGGAGGAGGAAAGAGACUCCAGCUCCAAGUCCAAGAAGAAGAAAAUGAUCUCUACUACCUCAAAGGAAACUAAAAAGGACACCAAGCUGUACUGCAUCUGUAAAACGCCUUACGAUGAGUCCAAGUUCUAUAUUGGCUGUGAUCUUUGUACUAACUGGUAUCAUGGAGAAUGUGUUGGCAUCACAGAAAAGGAGGCUAAGAAAAUGGAUGUGUACAUCUGUAAUGAUUGUAAACGGGCACAAGAGGGCAGCAGUGAGGAAUUGUACUGUAUCUGCAGAACACCUUAUGAUGAGUCACAAUUCUAUAUUGGCUGUGAUCGGUGUCAGAAUUGGUACCACGGGCGCUGUGUUGGCAUCCUGCAGAGUGAGGCAGAGCUCAUUGACGAGUACGUCUGCCCGCAGUGCCAGUCCACAGAGGAUGCCAUGACAGUGCUCACGCCUCUGACGGAGAAGGACUAUGAAGGGCUGAAGAGGGUGCUGCGCUCACUGCAGGCCCAUAAAAUGGCCUGGCCUUUCCUCGAACCAGUGGACCCUAACGAUGCACCAGAUUAUUAUGGGGUGAUCAAGGAACCGAUGGACCUCGCCACCAUGGAAGAAAGAAUACAAAAACGAUAUUAUGAAAAGCUGACGGAAUUUGUCGCAGAUAUGACCAAAAUUUUUGAUAAUUGUCGUUACUACAAUCCAAGUGACUCCCCUUUUUACCAGUGUGCAGAAGUUCUUGAAUCAUUCUUUGUACAGAAAUUGAAAGGAUUCAAGGCUAGCAGGUCUCAUAACAACAAACUGCAGUCUACAGCUUCUUAAAGUUCAGCGUGUUAAUCUAACAUAUAAACACAGCAAGAAUCUGGUUGUCUGAACUAUUGUAAAUUAAGGAGCCAGAUGUUCUUAGUCAGGUAAUCCUGACAAGACCAACCCAAACUGCGUUUUUAUUGGUCAUAACAGCCCAAUUACAUUCUUGGCCAAUUUUUGUCCAACGGACAAGGGAAAAAAAGCAAAGUCAACGACACCAUUAUCUUGUCAAGAUCAAAUGGUUUUACUAUUGUGGCAGAAGCGGGAAAAUUUGUUAUUGAAAAAAAAAAAGAAAAAAGAAAGCAAGAAAAAAAAAGAUACUAUGGGGUGAAGUGUAACUCCAUGGAAAUGCCACAUCUGCUCUUCAGUGAAGAAGCUGGUUUAGAGUCUCAACGGAAACUUUUGACUGUAUUUAUUUAUUGUUGCAAAAGAGACGCUUUUUUAUCGCUGCCCUCAUUUGUCAGCUAAUUAUUUUUUCUUAUAAAAUCCAGCCCCAGUUCCAUGUAAUCCAUUCUGUAUCUUAUCAUGAUUCCUGUAGGUAAAAGUACAAGACAACCUCUCGGUGUCUUUUCUUUCUAUGAAAGGAGCUGCUAUGUAUACAUGUGCGCACACACACACAUACAAACACACACACAAACACACAACUGGGAAUCAACAUGAGUUUCUUGUUCACGGUAGAUCAGCAUUACGCUUGCAUAAAGGUUGGGCUCAGUGGUCCUGGACUAGACUCAGUUGCCUUGAAUAUAAUAGUACAGUUUGUCAUUUACUCCGCACCAGGCUCAAAUGAGUAAAAUCUCUUUGAAGGUAUCUUGUUUGUAAACAUUUGUCAGAUUCUAAUUUUUUUCUUUUUGUAUUAAAAUUCAACUAUGGAUGUAUAUGAAACAAAAUAAAUGGAGAUCAUUUUUCUCCCAUGGACGGUGUCUUUGAAUGUGCGCUAAUGGCUUUGUGAGCCUUUGCGGGGCAAGGGAGGGCUGCAGUAAAUGGAAGGUAGACCCUUGAUUGUACCUGGGUUUUCCCAGGAUGCUACUGGCCCUUUGUUUUACGAUUCCUAUCCUGUUGUCCUCAUGUCAGAGAAAUCUUGAGGGGUGCUAAUCCUGUUGCAUCGAUAAGGCGUCUCCUUCCUCGGCGCAGUUCUGAGUCUAGGCGGGAUCAGUCACAGACAGCUACCUUGUAUUCUAGGAAGGGCAUUUUUUAGACAACUUUGUCUUUUUUUGUAUUUUUCCAUUUGUUGGUUGAGUUGUUUGGGGUUUCCCCACACCACACAUUUUUUUUAAAGAUGUAUAAGCAGAAAAAGGGGAAAAUGGAAACUAUGGCGAAAAUGUAUUUUGUAUGUUUUUCCCUUCAGCAUUCUAACCUCAUACAUUGUGUCACUAAAUUGUAAUAAUAGCUUCUGUAAGAUCUGCCAUAAUUGUUUUUUGCCGUUUUGCAAAACUCGUACUAGAUUUUUUUUUGCACUAAUUCCUGUUAGCUUUGUGCCACCAAGUUCUGAAAUUAAUUAUUGAUUUAAAAUUUUUUUUCCUUCUGUCUAAUAUCAUCCUGCUAUGCAAAACCUUUCCCAAAUCUUAAAAGAUACUGUUUCUUUAAAGAUACUGUUCUGACUCCCAAUUCUUUCUUCUUACAGCUUCAGGCAUACAGGAUAUUCUGGGUUGAUUAUACCUAAUGCAAACCCAUCCCUUUUUGUACAUAAAAAUGUCACUUCAACCUCUGCUUACCAGCUAAUGAGUCUGAAAACAUGGAAACAAUUUAAAAUACUUAGAUGGAAAUAGUCCAAAAUAAGUUAUUCUGUCCUUUUACUUUUAAAAAAUCCCCUGUUAUGUAUGCACUCUGCUGAUGCAAGAAUUGUACUUUCUAAUGAAUUAAGAACAUCUCCCCAUGCCACGCUUUCUGUAGACCUAGAAAUGGCCCUGGGCUUACUCCUUUAAAACUUGUUGCAGCCAGAAUUUUCUUACAUGUAGGCAAUAGAUUGCUGUGUUUUUAACAGAUUGUGGCAAAAUCUAAACAGCAAUUCUUUUUUGUAUGGAAUAGGACAUUUCAUCCUAGAAAAAUAAACUAAUGUUUUUGACAUUGGAUUUGGUGCAGUUUCUAAUGAAACAAUAAUGCGUUGGUUGAUAUAUUUUCUGUAGCUGUUGGCAUUGUCAUAUUGUACCAAAAGUAAAUUUUAUGGAAAUUCUCACAUCAGGAAAAUGUUGAUUCCAUAUGGUAAAGAUAUUGAUUCCAUGUGAUAACGCUUUUGCGAUUUCUGUCACCAGAUAAAAGACAAAAAUAUUUAUAAUUUUACCAACUACAGAGCUUUGGUAUUUAAAAAGUAACCUUUCAAUACAUUCUUUUAAACCAGUUUGAAAAUAAGUUUCAAAACCCUGCUCUUCGAUGAAUAUUCUUUGGUUUCUGCUAUUCCUUAAGAGAUACAUAUUACAGCAAUUUUGCUAUUAGUCCAAACAGUAGAAGGCACAUUUGUAAUACUGUUAGGAUUAUUCUACUAGUCUUUGGGCUUGUAAAUCUAUUUAAUUUGCAGCAAUAGAUGUCCUUGGCUUAAAGUAUUUUUAAUGCUUGUAUCUUCACCUGCCAAGUUCGGAAGCCUUGGAAAUCAUUUCAUAAAAAGUAUUUUCAUAUCGGUAAGCCUUUUUCUCCUAUCCAAAUUCUGUGGGAUUUGUAUUUUAGUUAAUGUCCUGCAGUAGGUUUUUAAAAAUUGUGAAUUUUCAGAGAGCUAUUUUUAAAAGUAAACAAUUACCUUUUUAUAUUGCAAAUGGUCUUGAAUGUUAUUUAAAGACACUGAGAUUUGCUGUUGUUUGUAAUUUUCCUUCUAGAAUCUGCAAAUAAAAGUGCUUUCCUUA